CGGAGAGAGUCGCGGCAUAGAGGAAAAGGUUGCGGUUGGAGGUUUUUUUUAUUUUUAGGCAUCGUCAAUGCUUCGCUGACUCGGACUUCCACCCGCUACAAGACGGAGACCCCCUGCCCCUCCACCCUCUCUGUCUCUCUCUCUCUCUUCUCCGUUCCGUUGGGGGAGGAAACCGACCCUCCGAUCGUCUUCCUUCUGUGUUCAUUCCCCUGGGGAAAUUCAUGUCGUCGGACACAGGUCGGCCCUUGCCCAAGUUUGGAGAAUGGGAUGUCAAUGACCCUGCAUCAGCUGAGGGGUUCACUGUGAUCUUCAACAAGGCAAGAGAUGAGAAGAAAACAGGUGGAAAUGUUCGUGGGACCAACUCUCCUGUGAAGGAUGAUGUUGCCCUUAAACAAGGAGGCUAUGCUAACAAGCCAAAUAGUAGAAAAUGGUUCUGCUGCAUUCAGCCGAAAUCGGAUGAGUUCUGAAUGCUAUUCUCAUGAACAUGAAGCCGCGGGGCUUUCUGUGCAGCUCGACCUUGCAAAUCUCCAAAAGAAAAGCAAAAAAGGGAAAAUUUGAAGCCUUAUUCAGUGCCAUGUCUUCGUUCUGUUUUUUUUUCUUUUUUUUUUCUGUUCUUGUUUUUUCUUUUCUUUUUUCUCUUUUUUAAAAGAGAGAGGUUGGGGAGGAUGAAUGGGUAAGUCACAUAUCUGUUAUAUAUAAAAGAAUAGACUUUAGGAUGAACAGGCUCAAGUUUUCCUUUUGUCUCAUUUCCUCUUGAAGCAGCAUCAUGGGAUAUAUUUCCAUACAUUUCUGAUGAUUGGAAAAGAGUGGUCUGUCUAUAUUUUUGUUUAAAA